GGAGUUGCCUGAAGAUCCCAGACGCGUGUGGGAGCGGCGCUCAGCAUGCUCCGCCGGGAGGCUCGCCUGCGCCGCGAGUACCUGUACCGCAAGGCCCGGGAGGAUGCGCAGCGGUCCGUUCAGGAGAAGAAGGAGCGAGUCAAGCGUGCUCUGGAAGAAAACCAGCUGAUUCCCACUGAGCUACGCCGGGAGGCUCUAGCCUUACAGGGGUCCCUGGAGUUUGAUGAUGCUGGCGGUGAAGGUGUGACCAGCCACGUAGAUGAUGAAUAUCGAUGGGCUGGUGUUGAAGAUCCUAAAAUCAUGAUCACUACCUCCCGAGACCCCAGUUCUCGCCUGAAGAUGUUCGCAAAGGAACUGAAGCUGGUGUUCCCAGGUGCCCAGCGCAUGAACCGAGGUCGGCAUGAGGUUGGCGCGCUGGUGCGAGCUUGCAAAGCCAAUGGGGUCACCGACCUGUUGGUUGUCCAUGAGCAUCGAGGCACACCUGUGGGGCUCAUUGUCAGCCAUCUGCCCUUCGGUCCUACGGCUUACUUCACACUGUGCAAUGUGGUUAUGCGGCAUGACAUCCCUGACCUGGGCACCAUGUCAGAGGCCAAGCCUCACCUCAUCACCCAUGGCUUUACCUCACGGUUGGGCAAGCGGGUGUCUGAUAUCCUCCGUUACCUGUUCCCUGUGCCGAAGGAUGACAGCCAUCGGGUCAUCACCUUUGCAAACCAGGAUGACUACAUUUCAUUCCGGCACCAUGUCUACAAGAAGACAGACCACCGCAAUGUGGAGUUGACUGAGGUUGGGCCUCGAUUUGAGCUGAAGUUGUACAUGAUUCGCCUGGGCACACUGGAGCAGGAGGCCACAGCAGACGUAGAGUGGCGCUGGCACCCCUAUACCAACACUGCCCGCAAGAGGGUCUUCCUGAGCACUGAGUGAGCUGUGAGCUGCUACUGGCCAGUAGGAUGCAGACUUGGACUCUUGGGGCAGGGCCUUGUCACAGACAGAUUGACUAAUCCCAAGUGGGGACUGGAAGGAUCUAAAUAAACCCUCUGUCAUCAUGCUACCCAGCUGCCUCUAACUGGUCAGAGUGGGCCUAUGCUCUGUCAGGCCAGACCUGAAAGAUGAAGCCCCUGCAGUGUCUGUGGUCUGAAGACCUAAGGAGUGGAGUGUCUUCAGGCCUAGGUUUAUGUGGAGUAGAAACAGUCCCUCUCAGGCUGGGGAUGGUGCUGCAGAUUCCUCAGUUCCCCACUGGGAAGUGAAUGGUUGUCUCCUCAGGAGUUGGGCCCUGUGAACACUUAUUUUGGUGUUUAGGAUAAGUCUUCUUCACCAGCAGCAAUCUGACCCCAUUUGAGUGCCAGCCUAACUUGUCAGUUCAACGGGGUCCCUCUACCAAGCAGGUGUGUCCUCCCUUUUCACAGAAGACAUGGUGAUGCCAACAGCCUGUCUACCAUUCCUCUAACUCUUGUAGAUGGGCCUGCCCAACAGCACACAGGGAGGUACCUCAGGAUUCUAACUCUGUCCCAGCCUCUCCCAGCUUAAGUCCUCUCUGUACUCACGUUCCUGGGUUUAUGUAGAGUGGUUGUCAAGGCCCAGCAAAUGCCCUAGAGUUUACCGAGAGAAUUGGUGAUGAGAUCAUCAUGCAGUUAGGAGGCCUCUGAGGAAGCCUGUCAAGACAUAGGAUAAGGCAGAUGUCUGCAUAGAAUCAUGAAAACCGAACAGAAGCCAUCUGGAUGACAUAGGUAAAGGCCUCGGGGUCCAGUAAGAAUAGUUGAAAGGGAGACAUAGGACCCAUGGAGGCCAGUGUUCUGGAAAGUCUGGGAUGAGACCACCAUUACAACUCAUUAAUCCAGUUCCCUCUGCAAGGCCUCUGAAAUCCUGCCAUGGCUUGCUCCAGUCUUGAAGAAUAAACCUAUGUGUGUGUGUUCUUGAAAUUUUUUAAAACAAGUAAAAACA